CCGCAGGCCGCCAAUCGAUAGCAAGACCUACGAUUGGUCCUUUCGAAAGCCUGAGUUGCAACGUUGACUCCGAAAGCAACUUGCUACGGAUCGGUUGUCCGACUUCGCAGUCGAUCUCUACGGUACCGUACGGUAACAUGCGUGCCUUGGACUAAGUAUUUUGACAUAUCACCAGGACCAAAGGGUAUCACCAUAGAUACAUCCCCUUUGAAUGUUUGUCUCGUUUUAUAGUUCGCGUAAGGUGGAGUGGAGCAGUGAAGGGUGCAAAGCAGUGCAGAGYAGUCCAUGGAUUGUUACAGGAAGAACAGGUUAGAACAACGAUAUCAGAUAUUAGGUGCACAAAAACCUACGAAUCACUAUUUACCGGAAAGAAAACGCUGGCUUGCAGCUUGUUAUCAAUAGUAUUGCGCUACAGCGCAGAGGUUAGAGUCUACASCAGCCCAUGACGGACGUAGUCGAACGAAUAGUACCCAAUGGCUCCCCCUACCACACCGUCGACCUCUCAGUACACGCCGCAGCAACCGUUGCGCCGAGCAACUUAUGUCCAUGUUUCGGACCUAAUCAGUGCCUAUAACAUCGACCAUGCUCAGCUYGAGAAAGAAAUCUCGAGAGUCAACGAAAAGAGAACCAAGCUUCGUGCGAUGUCUUCAACAGCUGCCGCUACGGGUGCUGGAAAAGAUCGAAUCGGGACCGGGAGGAGUGAUUACAGGAGCGAUGACAGUAGUGAUGGCGUUUCUGCUCCCGAGGAAGACCCCGACAUAGAAGACACGCUUGGACCUAUAGCUCCACAGAAGCGGCUACAGCCCCCUCGGGGAGGAUUCAAUCUUUGUGUGUAAGUUGUAAUAUUAUCUUCUAUACUUCGUAUAGGUUUCCUUCAUCUUGUUGGCAUUCCUAGUGUACUUGAUAGUCAAUGCACGAUUCCUGGGUACUAAUUUCCUCACUUUUUUCACAACUGCUGUUUCGUUCUAACACUGACAGUCUUGUGGGGAAUAUCAAUUUGGUUGUGGAUAAGAGACGAGUGGAUCAAUCACGUGUUCGGCUUGCCGAGGUUGAAAUUGGUGAUGAAACGGGCACGGUAUCCUUUCGAGCUCGAGACCAACAAAUCGACUUGCUCGAGAAAGUCCGCAGCGAGGGGAAACCGGGAGCAGUUGUKAUGCGAAACUGUACCCUCGAACUGUACCAAGGGAAACACAUUCGUUUAGCAGUGACGAAAUGGGGAAAGCUCACUGAAUAUCCCGACAAUGUUUCGAGCACGCCGCCGCCCCCAUCCGCUAUGAACUCGGAUCGAAAUUUUUCCCUCAUCGAUCUGAGUGUCGUGGCGAGUGAAAUAUCAGAAAAGGAGCACACAGAUUCCAUGGCAUACGCUAAUUCUACUACCACUACCACUUCCGGUGGCAGGCAAGGGAAAAAAUCCUCGCUGGAAACAAGAACGAGUGGAUCUUCCGCUUCUUCUCCCAUGRCGUCUUCUGCCUCGAGCAUGCAGGGCAAAUCUGGUGCCAAAAACCAGCAGCAAGGUUCGAGAAGGGGCAACAGAUCGUCCACCGGUGAACAACGGCGCCAGAACAGAAACCCCCAGUACGGAGGAACGAAAACGGACAAGAGCCAGCCCCUUCGUUCCGAUCCGAUGAUGUAUCGCGGRAUGCAGGGGUACCACGCUUACGGUGAACAAGGCGGACACAUGCGACAGCACUAUCCACCCCACGCACAAUACGCACACCACCCACACACGCGGGCGCACUCCCAGCCCCAGCAGCACCAAGACGUUGCAUCGGUCCAGUUUGCCCUGCACCAGCAAUACGAGAUGCAACAGCGACAGUUGCAACARCUGUACAGCAGGGAACAGAACCGAGCGGUGGGCCAGGUUCCGCAACAGCCACCGCCGCAGCAGACGUCCCCGAUGCUUGUCAACGUAGAUCCCAGUUUCGAUGGGUCCGAGRUCGGAAACAGCCCCGUGCUGGUACCRAAUCCGGAGCACUACUCGCAACUGCCAAAGAUGGAGGGCCAUUCCCGGAUGCAGCAGGAUGCUCCCCAGGGCAUGGCGCAUCCCGCCACGGCGGGGUAUCCGUCCCUGGGCGUGAUGUCUGGCUACCAGAUCGGAAAAAUGAACCCGGAAGCAACGUCGUUUGCACCCACCUACCUGAGUGCGGCCCAGGGUUCGGAUUCCAAGCAGCACAUGUCGUACAUGCCCUACCCACCCCAGCCCUCCUACUAUGCCAUGUCGCAGCAGCAGCAACAGCCACCAUUCCUUGGUGGUUCUGUGUAUUCCCUGCCUCCGUCGGGGCACCAUCCCUCGUUGUUGGUUCCGUCCGGGGUCGACGCUACCCACCACCACAUGAUGGCACAGCAGGCAACCAGCUUUGACGCUCUGAUGGACCAGCAACAAGAGACGGGAAGCGGAGCAGCUACAGCAACGGCAACGACAACGAGUCAAAGCCAUCGUCCUCGUUACCAGCAGCACUAUGUGUCGCACUACCCCCCGGCCGUGCCUCCCGCCAAAGAAUCGAGUUCGUCGAAAGACAAGGAGAAUGUCACUUCCAAGCCAGGAUCGUGACGAGCGUACCGAUGAAAACAAGAACAGGCGUUUGACAGUCGGCUCACAUAAUACAUCACGGGAUGUCCUUGCUAUACCUCCAAUGGAUACAAUACGAAACAUUCUGCAAUUCGAUGAGGAUUCGGGGGUGCAUUCUAUUUCCUCCCGGAACGAAGAAAUCACAUGAAAAGCCUCACGAAGGAAUGGAGACAAUACAUGACAACUAGAGUAACGAGAAUCGUCUAUAUUGCAGCAAUCGAUGCGACACAGGGCGAAAAUGAAAUACCGGCGAAAUAGGUUUAUGGCUCUAGCUUCCACCCAAGUAGGGGACCACAGAGGAUACUUUACUACUAUAAAACAUGCCGGUUUAC